GGAAAAAUAAAAAAAAUACUGUCGACCAUCUUUCUUCGUCGUCUCCGAACAGAGCGCACUAAGGCCCUUUCUUCAGUAAAACGAUCGAGUAAAUUGUUUUAAAGCGAUUGAAAAUGCUGUCCAGAGCGGUGCUUUUGUCAGCGGCCAAGAAGCCCGCAGCCCUAGUGCUGGCCCGUGGUGCUUCCAGCCAGCCAGCUGAGCGCCCGAAGCGACCGGAACAUGGAGGAAAGGUUCGCCUGGGAUUCCUGCCCGAAGAAUGGUUUACUUUCUUCUACAACAAGACCGGCGUUACUGGUCCGUAUGUCUUUGGUGCAGGUCUGCUGACGUACUUGUGCUCCAAGGAAAUCUAUAUUAUGGAGCAUGAAUAUUACAAUGGCCUGUCACUUGCCAUUAUGGUUGUGUUCGCUGUAAAGAAGUUCGGCCCGGCGAUGGCUAACUACCUGGACAAGGAGGUCGAUAAAAUCGAAAACGAGUGGAAGGAAAGCCGCGAGAAUAGCAUCCAGCAGCUGAGCCAGGCCAUCGAAGAUGAAAAGAAGGAACAAUGGCGCGCAGAAGGCCAGACAAUGCUGAUGCAAGCCAAGAAGGAGAACGUUGCCCUGCAACUGGAAGCCGCCUACCGCGAACGUGCCAUGAACGCAUACCGUGAGGUCAAGAAACGCCUGGACUACCAGGUUGAGCGUCAGAACGUGGAUCGCCGCAUCUCUCAGAAGCACAUGGUGGACUGGAUUGUAAACAAUGUGGUUAAAUCGAUUACCCCAGAUCAGGAGAAGGAAAACCUUAACAAGUGUAUUGCCGACCUUGGCGCAUUGGCUGCCAGAUCGAAGUAAAUACGAUAUGUGGUUAUUUUUCGAUCUUUUCAAUCGGAGCCUAAAGGAAAAAAACAACAAAAUGUUAGAAUGUGCAAGGCUGGCAGUGUGACUUUGCUGUAGCAUCUGCGGAAAAAACGCGUACCGACGUCGCUCACCGAUGUAUCCUCCAACAAACGCGUAUCUAAAUAAUAUAUGGCAUCGAUAAGAGCGCCUCGAUAGUGAAACAAUUUAUGGGUUAUUGUUAAUUU